AUGCCUUCUUCAUCGCCACAGGCAGUUCUCACAGACGAACAACUGGCUGACUUUGCCGAAUUGGCGACAAGAUUAGAGCACAUUUUCACCGGGGAGGCAAAGGAUAAGGAAUCUCUACUUAUCUCGAUUAUAUUAUACGAAAAUGAUGCCGUGACAAGAUUCUUCGCCGGGGCCUUCAUGCAGACACUUCACCUUUCCCAGAAAGACGUCGAGCGACUCCGUCAUGCGCGCGACUGUAAAUUGCUGGAUAUGCUUUCCAGGAGCAUGGUCGUUCUCCCAGAGGAACCGAUCAAGUUCUUCUACCAUUACGAGUGCGAAGUGCGACGUAUACAGCCGGAACCUGAGAAAUACACUAUUCUUGUGCCAUCUUGCGACCUUGUCCUAUCGGGCAAUGGCGAGAACAGGCCAUUAGCACAGGGAUCCGAGGUACUCGGCGUAGUCAGCCCGGAGUCUUUGAUAUUCGUACUGGCUGUGACUCGCCCAUCUGGAGAGCUCUACCAAUUCAUCGAUAUCUCGAUGCGCUCUACUUUGGAGUCUCUGCGCAUAUCCAGGCAAUACACAGGUGGCGGUAUGUCCCGCUUGAUUUUACGAUUUGAUGUGGAUGCCUCGCUAUCAGUGAAUGGGAAGAGACAAAUCUCGGGAGAAUCGACCCUUAGUUUAUCAUCGCGUCAUGAUUUGGCGGAUUUGCAUACGGCGAUUGAGCUGAAUGGCAAGCAGAUGAAAAGGCAAGGCACAGAUUUGAGCACGCUGACCCGGAUGUCAUCUUCCAUUAUAAUAUCGCUUGAUACUCAUGAUGAUGCCAGCGGGCCAUUUGACCAUAGCCAGGCCCUAUUCGAAGAUGAAGAGCAAAGCCCCGUGUAUUGCCUUGGGUCGAAUGGGAAUCAGCCUGAAAGUAAGACCUGUGAAUCACAAACGACGUCCGGCAGCCAUGACCGUACCGUCUUGUCUCAACAAUCUGAAUCAGCGCGCGGAACCUCUGUCAUGGGAGAUAGCCUCCAGCCGCUUAGUUUCAACCAUAAUGUUUCGAACCAGGACGGUUGCGAGAGGCCAUCGGUGGCAUUUGAACGGAAGUCACCAGGACGAAGUAUGGUAGAAGAAGGUGGAAAUCCUCUAACCCUGAAGGAACAUUCUGAUAACUCAGCCGAGAACCCGCACAAAGGACUCUUUGAUUGCGCCCUCGCAGAGACCGAUACUGGCUCAUGGAAGAAGAGUCCGCCACAUGUCCACACUAGCCAUUCUCAGGCGCCUGAAGAAAAUGAUGCUGGCUGGCUACCCGCCCGAACAAGUAGACCGCGCUCCAAAAGGCACCAGCAGAAGAGAGGAUUAACAAGUAGUAAAAGGGCCAGAGGCCAAAAGCCCGACACCCAGGAAUCCCUCAUCUUUCCGAUGCGGCAUUCUACAAGGAAGAUCUACACUCAUGUCAGAACUUCUGUUGACUGGGAUGAAGACCUACGACCAAGCGAUGAGCCCGAACAGCUCGAAAGUCAGAAAAGCAUUGAUGGCACAUCCAUUUCGUCUCCUUUCCCCGGAGAGAAAUCUAUUUUUGAUCGGGCCUCCAGUAAAGGGACCAAAAGAAAGUCGAAGGGCAAGACAUCGUCCUGCAAGCGCAGAAAGACCUCCAGAAAGGUGGGUCUGGACAACAUAAAGGGCCAGCAUGAGAUUGAAGAAAGUAGUUUGGCCCAAGAGUCAAAACCGGAAGGUACGCUGGAUGCAACCCACAUGCCUGAGGUGAACGCUGAGAGCGAGACUUCGAAAGGAAGUCGCACCAAGGCGGAUAGAGCGUCUAUGGACAAGAGUGUUGAAGGGGGCCCUCCCCGACAGCUUGAAAGUCUUACCGACGAGGCACCGGAGAAUGCACUGGUUGCAGUCACGGAGGUAUCGGGAGUCGAGCAAAGUAUUGCAUUCCUGAUGGAUCAGGCACAGGAGAUAGGCUGCCCGCUUAUUUUCGAGUCGUCCAGGGACGCAGGCGAUCAACACGCAAGCCAAACCUCCAAUCCGCAAAUUCAGAUGCCAAGUUCGGACCGUGAAGGAGAUAUCAUUUCCUAUCCUGACUUCAAAGAGUGUGAGCUUGGAGGUAGAGGAACAGUCGUGGGUGAGAAGUUGGCUUCCGCCUUUCAUCAUGGUUGCACUUUUUACCUCCAGGGAGGGGAAAAGGAGGAUGAUUCCACUAUCUGUGACGGAGACACUGGCUCAGUAGACAAAGAAGACGAUGAAAGCCACGCAAUGAGCGCUUCAGCAUUACAGCAUAGUGAUUCCGAAACGCGUGCGGUCAAGGUACAGCCCCAGGAGGCCAUAGUGUCUCGGACGAACCGAACAACACAUCUCUCUUCAGAUGCCGAGCGAGCAGUAGCGGAGGAACAGACUAGCCAGGAAUAUCCUGGGAGUAUACAGCAGAUUUCAUCAACGAGGCUAACAAGCAGGAAAAGCAGGGCUGCCCAGACAGAGAAAGACAAUGCAUCGCGGAAGAAGAAAGCACAGACAAAGCUCUCAGCGGUGGACAGCAGUGAAAAAGAAAGCCGGGCUGAUGAGCUUGAAUGCCAAUCCCAGGAAAUUUGUGGUCUAGGGCAAAGCGAGCCUGGCUUAUAUGCUUUGAAGAAGGCAGGCCUCGGAAAUGGCAGAGCGCAGACUUCGACUGGAGCAAGGGAAAGGGUCACGUCUGGUUAUCACAGUCUCAAGUUGAUCCGCCAGAUACAGAAACCCGAAGAGGGACAUUCUUCAGAUUCACGCAGCCCGAAGAUACUCUCUCGUGUUAAGACCAUUCCGAGGCUGACUCCCAGGAAGGCCAUAGUUGACAACAAUGGGAGUCCCCGGCUGGUCUCGCGACACAUUGCUGGAUCCCAAUGCUCUAACCACGCAAACCUCGACUUUACGCAAGGAUCCGGAGAACUGAUGCUGGUAGGAAUGAAUUUGAUUUCACAAGGAUUUAGUGAAUCUGGAUACGAAGCGGAUUUUGAUGAGCAACCAGAUGAAUUUCCCCUUGAGACACCUGAGAUCUCUUCAUUUCGUACAAAGAUGGAUGCUCAUCGCGACAAAUAUGUUCCCAGAGACUGCGAAACAGCAACCCACAAGGAAGUUUCUGAAAAUCCUGUGACUGGUUGCAGAGAAGGGUUGGUCGUGUCAAAACUCGUAACCGCAUCAGGAAAGGAGUUUACGAUGCGCCUUUCGACGAAGCCACCCAAAAAGUCACCAAGAAGGUUGGACAGGUCAAAUGCAGAAGGCGAUGGAGCGACACAGCUUUCAUCCAAGGAAGAAGGGUGCUUCAUUGAUUCCAGCUGGAAUCCAACUGAAACGAGUCCAAGCAGCGAGGAGUUGCCUGGUCAGGCUGACUUAGCAUCAUCAUUGCAGUCACUGCAUGAGAGCGCCCGCGAUAUGCUACUGAUUACAAACGAGGAAAGGGCGGCUAUCAACACAUUCCUGAACUCAUACCGCCAGCAAUACAACCGAGUGCUAGACCAACUUGUCAAGAGGCAGGAAGAGCGGAUCAAGCUAUGUAAACAGCAUAUGAAAGCGAUCAAAAGCCAUCACUCAGCUCUUUGUCAGGAGUUGAUCCAUCGACUUCAGGAACAUGAGCAGCGUUUACUGAAGGAUCUCAGUGAGGAAGAUUGA